UUUUUUUUUGAUCAAAAAAGUCUUCUGUAUUUGUAUUUGAUUUUUGAAAAGCCAUCUCUUUGUGCUCAUUUCUUGCAAAAUACGAGAAACAUGAAACUCUUUCUUUUCCUUUCUUUCAGUGCUCUCAUGUUACUUGAAGCAUUCGGGAAUAACCAUGAAACUGAUAAGCAAGCAUUACACAAGUUCAAGUCUCAAGUUUCCAAGGAGAAAAGAAUUUUGUUGUCUUCAUGGAACAACUCCUUCCCUCUCUGCAGAUGGACGAGGGUUACAUGUGGCCGCAAACACAAGAGAGUUACUGAUUUGGAUCUCGGUGGAUUACAGUUUGGUGGAGUGAUAUCACCAUUUAUUGGUAAUCUUUCGUUUCUCAUAUCACUUAAUCUCACUGAUAACUCUUUUCGUGGAACCAUCCCUCAAGAGCUGGGACACUUGUUUAGACUUCAGCAUCUAGAUAUGAGCUUCAAUUUUCUGAGAGGAGGUAUUCCAACAAGUCUGUUCAACUGUUCUAGAUUGUUGGAGUUUGAUUUAUAUUCAAAUCAUCUUGGUCAAGGUCUUCCUUCAGAACUAGGAUCAUUGAGUGAGCUUGUUAUUUUAGACCUUGGUACAAACAGUUUGAAAGGAAAACUCCCUGUAUCUCUAGGAAACUUGACAUCCCUCACACGACUUUCCUUUGCAGAAAAUAGUCUGGAAGGAGAAAUUCCUGAUACCAUAGCUAGAUUGACUCAAAUGGAGUUUUUUGAGUUAGCAACAAACCAUUUCUCUGGUGUUUUUCCUCCUGCAAUUUUCAAUUUGUCCUCACUUCAGUAUUUGAACAUGUUUGGUAAUUAUUUCUCUGGGAACCUAAGGCCUGAUUUUGGUAAGUUUCUACCAAACCUUCAAGGAUUGUCUGUGGGACAAAAUUGUCUCACAGGAGCCAUUCCAUCCACACUUGCAAAUAUUUCAACUCUUCAAUAUUUGGGCAUGGAUUAUAACAGUCUAAAAGGGCUUAUUCCUCCGAGCUUUGCAAAAAUACGAUAUCUGCAAGAACUAUACCUUAAUAAAAAUUCUUUGGGAAAUCUUUCAGCUGGAGAUCUUGAAUUUCUUAUUGCUUUGACCAACUGUACCCAACUGCAGAACUUAGAUGUGUCAUCCAAUAGGCUUUCGGGUGACUUGCCUGCCUCCAUUGUCAAUCUAUCGAUGAUCCUCAUCGAGUUUGACAUUAGCAAGAAUUUCAUAUCUGGAAGCAUUCCCCGUGACAUUGGGAAUCUCAUAGGUCUACAAACAUUUUGGUUGUCCGAAAAUCUGUUGAAAGGACCAAUCCCAGCCUCUUUUGGGAAACUUCUAGGAUUGAUGGGUUUAAGUGUCCAUGCAAACAGAAUGUCAGGAGAGAUACCAUAUUCUUUAGGCAACAUCACUCGGUUAGAAACACUCCUUUUGUCCAACAAUAGUUUUGAAGGAAUCAUUCCUCCAAGUUUUGGUAAAUGUAGCUAUUUGCUACGUUUAGAUAUCGAGAAUAAUAAGUUGAAUGGUGUUAUACCUCAGGAGAUUAUGCACAUUUCAACUCUUGUUUCCUUAAAAAUGUCAAAUAACUUAUUGACUGGCUCUCUACCAGAAGAUGUUGGACGACUUGGAAAUCUUGGUACGUUAUAUGUUGCUCAUAAUAAGCUAUCAGGGAAUCUCCCAGAUACUUUAGGAAAGUGUCUCACAAUGGAAAAGGUUCACUUGCAAGGAAAUUCUUUUGAUGGAAUCAUUCCAGAUAUAAGUGAGUUGGUGGGUAUUGAAGAGGUUGAUUUCUCAAGCAACAAUCUCUCAGGAAGAAUCCCUGAAUAUUUUGCAAAUUUUAGCUUGUUGGAGUAUCUCAAUCUAUCCUUUAACAACUUCGAAGGAAAUGUGCCAACAGAAGGAAAAUUAAAAAAUGCUACUAUAGUCUCUUUAUCUGGAAACAAAAAACUUUGUGGAGGUGUCUUGGAACUGCGACUUCAGCCAUGUUUUACGCAACCAGCAGGAAAUUCACGAAAGAAACUUUUGAUUGGGGUAAGCAUAGGCAUAUCUUUGCUUUUGCUCUUGUUCAUAGCUUCAGUUUCACUUUGUUGGUUAAAGAGCAGAAAAAAGAAAAAUAUCAAUGAAGCAACUCCUUUCACCUUGGGGGUUUUUCAUGAAAUGAUAAGUUAUGGAGAUCUUCGAAAUGCGACAGAUGGCUUCUCUUCGAGUAAUCUGAUCGGGUCAGGCAGCUUUGGUACUGUGUUUAAAGCAUUGCUUCAUGCAGAGAACAAGGUUGUUGCAGUGAAAGUUCUAAACAUGCAGAGACAUGGGGCAAUGAGGAGCUUUAUGGCAGAAUGUGAAUCCAUGAAAGACAUUAGACAUCGUAAUCUUGUGAAACUGUUGACAGCUUGUUCGAGUAUUGAUUUCCAAGGAAAUGAUUUCAGAGCUCUAAUCUAUGAGUACAUGCCAAAUGGAAGCUUGGAUAUGUGGCUGCACCCGAAGGAAUUUGAAGAGAUUUCUAGGCCCUCAAGAACGUUGACACUUUUAGAAAGGCUUAACAUAGCGAUAGACGUAGCUUCUGUUUUGGAGUAUCUUCAUCUUAAUUGUCAUGAAGCUAUUGCGCAUUGCGAUCUUAAACCAAGCAACAUUCUUCUAGACGAUGAUCUAAUCGCCCAUGUUAGUGACUUUGGUCUUGCUCGGAUCCUUCUCAAAUUCGACCAAGAAACCUUCAUAAACCAACUUAGCUCAGCUGGACUCAGAGGAAGCAUCGGCUAUGCGGCACCAGAAUAUGCAAUGGGAGGAGAAAUAUCAGUACAUGGCGAUGCGUAUAGCUUUGGGAUUCUUAUUUUCGAAAUGUUCAGUGGAAAACGACCAACAGAUGAGAUGUUCGGAGGAGUCUUUACCCUCCGUAGCUGCAUCAGGUCUGCAUUGCCAGAGCAAGUUUUGGAUGUGUCAGACGAAUUGGUUCUUCACAACGGCCUUAGAAUUGGCUUCCCUGCUGCUGCGUGCUUGACACAGGUUUUUGAAGUGGGACUCGGGUGUUCGGAAGAGUCUCCAGCAAACCGGUUGGAAAUGAAUGAGGUUGUAAAAGAAUUAAUCUCAGUCAAGGAAAGGUUCUUCAAAGCCAGAAGAGGAGCUAGACGUUGAAGUGUGUCUUGUAUGCUUGCUCCUAUACAAACUUGCAGAUGUAUAAUAUUACUCCAUAAUUAUGCUCUGAAUGCUUUCAGAAUGCUAUGUUAUUAGCAAACAAAAGAUAAAUGUUGUGUUAGGAAUUUGA